AUGACGUCAAUAGGAACGGGCUACGAUCUUGCCACAACUCUUCUCCGCCUGAUGGACGAAAUUUUCAAGUUGAAUAUGCAAGUAAAGGCGCGUAGAGAACGGUGGCACUUCAGUCGGUAUUCGAUGCAAGGAUGGAGUGGUCCUAGCAGUCGAGAAAGUCGUCACAUCCAAGCUACUAAAGCCCGGCGCAAACAAGAGGAUUGCGACGAUCGACAGACAUCUAGGAGUUGCAUGGUACCUGACGGCCACCACUUCGUCGACCGAGCCCGAGACGAGGCCCGCGCCUGGCGCGAAACCUUUAAGACGCCUAUCUCCACAUCAGAUCUAGCAAGCCGCAUGGGCGGGUACCUACAAGCCUACACACUCUACCAAUCUGUUCGCCCUUUUGGAAUUACUGCUAUUGUAGGCGGCUUUGACUCGGAGCUUGAGGCACCCGUCGAUGGUGAAGUCGGCUCCGGCCCCUCUGUCGGUGCCGGUGGUAAGGUAGAAGGCAAGAAGCACGGUGGUCCGGGUCUCUACAUGAUCGAGCCGAGCGGUAUGUACUGGGGAUACUACGGCGCAGCAACGGGCAAGGGCCGCCAAGCCGCCAAGGCGGAACUCGAGAAGCUAAAUCUCACCGAGGGCACCCUCGACCUGAAGCAGGCCGUCAAGGAAGCAGCAAGAAUUAUCUACGUCGCGCAGCAAGACAACAAGGAUAAGGAGUUCGAGCUGGAGAUGAGCUGGAUUAGUGGGGUUGACGGCCCAACCAAGGGCCGGCACCAGGAUGUGCCUAAGGACCUCCUCGAAGAGGCCGAACGCUUAGCAAAGAAGGCCCUCUCGGAGGACGAUGAGGAAGAAGAAGAGGAAAAGAGUGAUGAUAAGAUGGAAGAAUAA